GAACGCCCUCUAGCAAUGACUACACCUAAACUUCCUCACAUUGCUCUGAUCCCUAGUGCUGGAAUGGGCCAUUUGAUGCCAUUCCUACGGCUCGCGGCGAUGCUGGCGAAGCAAAACGCCAUCGUCACGGUCAUUACAGCUCAACCGACGGUCUCCAUUGCCGAGUCGGACCACAUAUCCUCGUUCCUCCGCCACAAUCCCAAGAUCAAUCAUCUUGAGCUCCAGCUGACUCCUAGCUUUGGGCAAGCCAAUGGCGCUCCUGUCGACCCUUUCUUUCUCCAGAUGCAUCUCAUCAAUCAGUCGAUCCAUCUUCUCCCUCCGCUGUUAUCUUCCUCAUCUCCACCUAUUUCCGCUAUUUUUUUGGACUUCCUUCUCGCUGCUAAGGUUGCUCCCAUUGCUAAAACCCUUCACCUUCCUGUCUAUAUUGUUUGCACCUCCUCGGUCGCUUUCCUCUCGCUCAUGGCAUACCUUCCGAUGCUGGUAUCGAACCCAGUUGAGUUCAACAAAACCAAAGCCGAAAUAAAUAUACCGGGAUUGCCACCCAUGGCAAUGUCGACCAUUCCGCCAGUAUUCCAUGAUUCCGGUCAUCUUCUUACGUCGAUUAUUAUUACAAACUCUCCAGCUCUAUCAGAGGCCAAAGGGAUCUUCAUGAACAAUUUCGAGUGGUUUGAAGCGUCUGCACUCGCCGCUCUCAACAAAGAUAGGGUGAUUGAAAGCUUGCCGCCCGUUCUGCCCAUAGGGCCAUUAGAACCAUAUCAUGCUCCACAUGACGACGACAAAAGGGAUAGAUACAGGUCAUGGCUGGAUAAUCAGCCAGCUGAAUCUGUGGUGUACAUAAGCUUUGGGAGCAGAACGGCGAUGUCCAGAGAUCAGAUACGAGAGUUGGAAAAGGGGCUGGAGAAGACGGGGUGGAGAUUCUUCUGGGUACUAAAAACCAGUAAAGUAGAUAAGGAUGACCAAGAGGAUGCGGAACACUUUUUGAAUGAAUCCUUCUUGGAGAGAACAAAGAACAAGGGGUCGGUGAUAAAAGGGUGGGUGGACCAGCAGGAGAUUCUGGCGCAUCCUGCCGUCGGAGGGUUCGUGAGCCACUGCGGGUGGAACUCGGUGAUGGAAGCGGCCCAGCAGGGCAUGCCAAUGCUUGCAUGGCCGCAACAUGGGGACCAGAAGAUGAACGCGAAGGUCACGGAGGAGGCGGGAUUGGGGCUGUGGGAGAGGGGAUGGGAUUGGGGUCCCAGUGGGAUUGUGAAGGGGGAAGAGAUUGAGAGGAAGAUUGUGGAGUUGAUGACGGAUGAGAAGCUGAGGGAGAGAGCCAAGAAGGUGGGGGAAGAGGCUAGGAAGGCUGUUGGGAGAGGUGGGAGCUCUGAUAAGGUGAUUAGAGAAGUUGUCGAAUCGUUAAUUAUUCCUUUUUAACGGAAGGUACGUUUGUUGUCCGGAGAGAUUUGUCACAUCGAACAUGUCUAUGAACUAAACUAGAGGAGUGUCGGCUGGCA